AUGUGCGACCUACAUGACCUGCACCAUUAUGUGGCAAAAGCUUCUCACAUACUGCGAAAAGGUGCCGUUGUCCAGCAAAUUGCCGAAGCCCACUCAAGUACUCGGAUCGGCGGCGAUAGCAGUUCACGCGAAACGCCAAGUGGAACGGAUGAGGCAGUGACGAAUGGACGAACUCUGAGCGAGCUCCGCUGUACAUCGAAAAGAUUGGGCAGAAGUGUAUUCGAAGACUCGCCUCGGCGACGAUGUGGGCAAGUGCGUCAGGCACUAGUACCAGUAGUUGGUUAA